AUGAGCCUCGUAUCUAAGAAGCGGGCUUUGUCCAACCUGGUGCAUUCGCGUCUUUCUACCGGGCUGGUCGCAGCGCAUUUGUCGGCCACUGGCAGAAGACCGGAAUGCGAGGCGACGCUCGACGAGCUUACUCGGUGGAAGCUCUCCGCACCCUUCUCAACCUCCGUCUGCUUCAACUUCCGCACUAGCCCCACACCUUCAUCUCCGCACUCCCCUCCUGUAACUACGCAUGCUAUGCUGUUCCACGUCCAGGGCGGCAUCUGCCACCUCACACCGCUAUUCCUGACCCUCCUCUCAGGGCCCGGUCACUGUCUCCCCACAUACCCUUCCGCAGCAUGCUUCGCAAACCUCGCAAGGCCCAACAACUCUCUCGCGCACGAUCGGUGGUAG